ACAGCGACAAUUUCGAACCGAACGGACAUUCAAAAAAAUAAAAAAUUUAAAUACACAAGAUACUAACACUCACACACACAUUUUUUGUAUACGAGAAAAAAGUGCAUAUUUUUAGAAUUUUUUUGCCUAAAAAGAAUUUUUGUAUGAAUUUUAUUUUACAAAAUUAUGAGGAAUUCAAAGUAAAUUUUUAUAUAAUUUUAAUAAAACUUUAAAAAGUAGCAAAAACGAAUAUUAAUAAAUUACAAUAAAUAAAGUAAUUUCACAAAAAAAAUCAACAAAUGAAAGUGAAUUGAUAGAGUGGUGAAAAAUGCCCAGGGGAUCGCAGAAAUAUAGCAAGAGUUUAUUAUUUAUAUUGCUGUUGAUAUUUCUAGCAUUUUUGCCACCUUCUCAAGAACUCUCGUUUGGUUGGGGUGGUGGUGGAGAUGAUAGUAAGGCCAAGGAUGUGUCUGCGGAUGCCUCAGCUAAUCUGCGAAAGAUCAGCAAGAAACAUACUCUACAAAAGAAAUUCAAAUUUCAUAAAAUAGAACGUGUUGAAGUGGACGAUGAAGAGGAGGAAGAUGGUGAUGUGGAGAAUGUAAAUGAUGACACUAAUGAGAAUCUAGCAGGAGAAGAGAUUGAUGAUAAUGCCACCAACGAAAGGGCUGAUGAUGAAGACGACGAAGAGGAAAAUGAUUCACAACGUGAUCGUGCUGCUUCGCUGAAUAGUGAAAACAACGAUGACGAAGAGGAAGAAUUUCAAUUUAAAAGGGCUCGUAAAGCAGAGAAAAAAAUAACAAGUACUAGACUAUCUGAGGAAAAGACAAGCAAAGAGAGUUCUACAUCAUUUUUUGGUAACAUUUUUGGCGGACUCUUCGGUGGUGGUAGUGAUGAGACCGAUGAAAGUAUUAAAAGUAAAAAAAGUUCCAAAGAAAGUCGAGAACGCUCUGACUCUAAAGAAGAAACUACAAAAUCGAAUGGCAUUAUUGACUGGAUAAUGUGGCUGGGAGAAAGAACAGGCCGCUUAAGGGCAGAUCCUACUGAAUCCGAAGAAGAAAAUGUUUCUGCAGCUGAGAGUAGCGGUGAAAAUUGGCUAGACUAUUUCAAUCGUUGGCCAUUUAAUAGUCUUUUUCCCAUAGGAAAACCACCAAAACCGAUUAGUAUGCCAAAAUCUUCUCCAACUAAAUCAUCCAAAAAACGUUAUGAUACUAGUGCUGGUGGUGGCAGUGAUGGUGAUGAUGCCAGUUUAGAACAGGCUAUGAGCCAAGAAAGUUUUGAUAUCCUCAUACGUACCCUGCCAAAUUUUGUCAUAAAACCUUCGGAAGUUUCGGAAACGGAAUGUCGCCAGCAACUACAAAUAUUUCAAAGACAAUUGAGAGGCCAUAAAUUGUGGACAUUGCAAAUGUUGGACUCUACUGGAAAAGUUGGCACUGGCUUAUUGCGAGGCAACAUUAAUCAAUUUGGUGACUUUGGCGUGUGUACUGGCAUUAAAACAAUAGUGAAAGUAAGUGCUUCCCAACAGGUCCGUAUAAGAGGCAAAUAUUGUUUGGCUCAUAUUGAAACACAAGCAGGCAUAGCAGAACUUAAAGUACCCGUACACAUGUUGCAUGGAAGAGGUUUAUUUAAUAGUCAUUUGGGAAAUCCUAGUCAUUUUAUACCCCGCUAUGGCGUAGCCAAUUGGGGAGUUUGUGUACCCAGUGGCUGUUCUGGUGAAGUUGUACAGGAUAUGUUGCAGUCCAGCCUACAGGCGUAUAACUCGUCGGGCAUAGAAUUUCACGUUGAAGUCAAUGACAAUGAUUGCUAUGUGAAACAUAGUAAAAAGUUUAUAAAACUAAUGAAAAAAGAUAAAAAGUUUUGCGCUACAUUUUUAUAUAUCACGGGCUUAAUUUUAUUGGCUAUUGCUAGUAUAAUGUGGGAACAUUGGAGUUUAAUAAAACCAAUUUUGGACAAAAUUGUAAAAAUUAUUAAAAGUUUAAUAGAAACAAUUAAGAAAAAACUAGAAAAGAAGCCAGAAGAAGCAAUAGAAGAAAAACCCGAGGGAAAAGAGGAGAAAAAUAAAGAAACCACAGCAGAACAAGAAGCAGAAUCUAAAGAAACUACGGCAGCUGAAAACCCAAAAGGGGAAGAAGAAGAAUCCCCCAAAGAGAAUGAAACAGAAGAAUGUGCAGAAGAUUCAACAGGUGAUAUUUUCAAGAAAAAAAAACAUAACAAACAUAUUAAUAAACUUUUGUUUAUAAAUUUUUUUCAUUGUAUUUCUCUACUUGCAGAAAAUCUAUCUCUUAAUCAAUUGGCUUUAGAAAUUUUCAAAUCUUUUUCUCCCCAACGCACCUUUAACAUCUUAUUAUCACCCGAUACUUAUGAUGUACAAUUUCCUGUCUUUCACGUGCUUAAAAUUGCCGCCACUUUUAUGUUGUAUUUGUGUUUGAAAUUCUUAAUGAUUGGCCAUAUGCCAAUAAUAAAUCGUGAUCAACUCGUGCGUACACUAGAUCAUCCCCUAAGUGUUUUGAUUCGUUCACCCAUGAUUUAUGCUGAUAUUUUACUAUUAAUAAGUGGAUUCUUGUCGGCCUAUCAGCUGUCUGAGGAAAUGGAACAAAAAUCUUAUAUACAUUUAUUAAAACGUUUGGGUUCGAAACUUAGUCGAUAUUUACCUACAGUUUAUUUAUUGAUUUGUUUUCAAACUUGGAUUUUACCUUAUUUGAGUUCGGGUCCUUUGUGGACCAAUAUUGUGGGACAAAAUUCACGUUUAUGUGAUGAUCAGUGGUGGCGUAAUUUAUUGAGUUUACAGAAUGCAAUCGAUUUUGAAGAGACGUGCUCACCCUCCACCAUACAACUGGCCUUAGAGGUACAACUCUAUAUUUUGGGACCUCUAAUAGUAUGGUUGUUUUACACUGACUCUGAUGCUGGUUUCUUUGUAUAUGGAGCAUUACACGCUAUGUCUGUGGCCGCAAGAUUUUCACGAACUAAUAAAGAACAUUUAUCCAUGACAUUAUUCCAUGGCAUAAAUGUUAGCAAAUUUUAUCGUACUGCCAAUAUAUUGUAUUCAUCGCCCAUUAGUCGUGCUACUACUUAUCUUUUGGGAAUAGGUGCUGGUAUUUUUCAACGAACCAAUCAAGGUGUUAUAGAUCUAACGCCAGAGAUGAUACCAUUUGGUUGGAUUUUAGCUUGUCUUGGUAUAUCGUGGUGUUUGUGGUCACCAUCAGCGGGAAUGCGUACAGAUUUCAUUUACAAUUCCUCCGAUGCUGCCUCUUAUGCUUCGUGGUGUCCUUUGGUUUUUGGUCUGAGUUUAUGUUGGUUUAUUUUUAUGUUUCCGAAAAGUGAAAAUUCCAUUAUAAGAUUUUUGCUAUCAUCGAGACCAAUAUUGGUUAUAUCUCGUUUAGUGUUUCCCAUGCAAUUGGUUAUGUAUAUAGUGGUUUUAUAUAAUACGGCUGAAAUUAAGGAAUCGGAUAAAUUUCAUAUUAGUAAUUUGAUCAAUGUCCAGGAAAUUUUUCAAAUAUUUGUGGGCACUAUUCUGGUUUCAUUCCUUAUCGAUAUACCUUCACAAAAUAUACGUCGUUUGCUGGUUAAUCGCAUUUUUAUAGAACGCUCUCAUCAUGAUUCUGAGGAAACGGAGCCAAUUUCGGGUGCUGAUCCCUCCGAAGCUUCUGAAGAACCCAGUGAACAUGUAACAAGUGACACUCCUGAACCACCCGAUAACAUUUGGGGUUCUGAUCCCGAGGAGGAAGAACAGAAAUAUUUACUAAAACGACGCAGUUCAUUAGAAAUACCUGAAAAAGAAACGAAUGCCACCAUUAAAGAGGAGGAAGAAGUAGAGGUGGAAGAAGAUGAAGAAGAGGAAGAAAUUAGCGAAGCCGAAGAAGUAAAAAAGCGCCCUGAAACACCUCCACCACCUACACCUCCCCCCGUAGAGAAAAAACCAUCUGAAGAGGAUGCUCUACCCUAUAGACGUCGUCGAAGACCUUUAUCAGAUGAUUAAUUUUUUUGUUUACCCUUUUUUCCUGCCAUUAUCGAAAUAUAAAAGACAUCCCCUUUAUAUGGACUGACAUAGCUUUCCUAAUAUGAACCAAAUUUAUACUAACAUCCAGAUAAAUUUUUAUAUGUUUCUUUCAUUCCUUUUUGGUGGCUACAUAUAUAUUUCAGAUGAUUCUGUAUCAUUUACAUUUAGAAGAUUUUGAAUAAAUAAAUCGUUUUUAAAUAAUAAAAAUUCACAAAAAAAAUGUUGGUAACAAUUUAUC